AUGAUUUCCAUCAAAGCUGUGAAGGAUUGCAAUGCCGCACACAUCAAAUCUCAACUACUGGUAUCCGUCAUCACCGGCGGGGCCUCUGGGAUCGGAGAACACUCCAUCCGGACCCUCGCUGACAUCCACGACAAAGAAGGAAAAGGUCUUCGAAUAUAUCUCGUAGGCAGGGAGGGAGUCGCAGCCAAGCACACUAUCUCAGACUGUCUGGAAUUAUGUCCGAAAGGAGCCUUCCGAUUUGUGCAGGCAGGCGAUCUUGCUUUCUUGAAAGACGUUGAUUAUGUGUGUGCGGAUAUCACGACGGCAGAUGAGAUAGCAAGUUCACCUGGAGAGAGGCCAGGAAUCUACUUCCUAGUGAUGGGACAUGGAUAUCUUGCUUUUGAAGCUCGACAAGAGACAAGAGAAGGCCUCGAUGCCUUCUACUCUCUUUUGUACUAA